AUGGUGGGAAGAGAUUUGGAUCUGUGUGUGUAUCCAUUCUUUUGUGUGUUCACAGAAAGCCACAAUCCAACCUUUGAAGUGGGGAAAGACUAUGAGGUGGUUCGACCUGUCAGACUUCACGCAGUAAGGAAAAGAAGCACAGAGUACCUCAGACCAGAGAUGAUUAAAUAUGCAAUGACUGUUGGAGGAAGAGACAUUCAGUUACAACUUGAGAAAAAUAAUGAGUUACUAACUCGAGACUACACAGAAACUUACUACCAAGAAGACGGAACCCGAGUCACCAGAAGUCCACAUGAUGUUGAUCACUGUUACUACCAUGGAAAGAUUAUCAAUGACAGUGAGUCGUCUGCUAGCAUCAGUACAUGUGAGGGACUAAGGGGUUACUUCAGGACGUCUGCCCAGCGGUUCCUGAUUGAGCCUCUCUCUGGAGGCGACGAGGGCGACCACGCUGUGACGACCGUAAACGAUGGGAACAUGGAGCCCGCGGUGUGUGGCGUUAUAAACACCUCCUGGGAGGAAGACAUGGAACCUCCAACAGGCCGGAGCCGCUCCAGAUCUGGGGGUGUUCCUGUUCUACAGCAGCAGAAAUACAUUGAACUCGUUCUUGUAGCCGAUAAUCGAGCGUACAUAAAGAUGGACAAAGAUCAGAACAAGCUGAGACAGAGGAUGUUUGAAAUCGUCAACUUUGUCAACAUGGGAUACAAUCCCCUGAAGACGUUCAUCGCUCUGGUGGGUCUGGAGAUCUGGUCCAACAACGACCUGAUCUCUGUGACCAACCCUGCUGGCGCCAACCUGGAUGCUUUCAGGGCCUGGAGAAACUCUGAUCUGGUGAAACGGAUCAAACACGACAAUGCUCACCUCAUCAGCGGGAUCGACUUUGAAGGAGCCACUGUGGGUCUGGCUUACAUCGGGACUGUGUGCUCUGACCACUCAGUGGGGGUGGUUCAGGAUCACACCAACAGAGCCAUUGCAGUGGGAGCGACUCUGGCCCACGAGCUGGGCCACAACCUGGGCAUGAGUCACGACGACUCCAGUGCCUGCACUUGUUCUGGGGACAGCUGCAUCAUGGCUCCAGCUCUCAGCUAUGAUAUUCCACGCACGUUCAGUAGCUGCAGCUACGCCAACUAUGAGAGGUACCUGACCAGCCGCAACCCCAGCUGCAUAUUCGACAAGCCAGACUUCACCAGGAUCCAGGCUCCAGGAGUCUGUGGGAACGGAUUUUUGGAAAAAGGAGAGCAGUGCGACUGUGGCUCUGUGCAGGAGUGCACCAACCCAUGCUGCAACGCCACCAGCUGCACCCUGACCGCAGGUUCACAAUGCGCUGAAGGCGAGUGCUGCGACAACUGCAAGAUCCAGCCUCGCUCCACCGAGUGCCGCAGGAAGCAGGACGACUGCGACCUGGCGGAGUACUGCGACGGGACGAGCGCCACCUGUCCUGAGGACGUGUUCGCUGUGAACGGGCUCCCGUGCGAUAAGGGUCAGGGCUACUGCUACAACGGUCAGUGUCCACAGAGGGCGGCGCAGUGCAAGAAGAUCUACAGCAACGCCGCCGAUGACGCUCCUUCAUCCUGCUACAACUACAACACCAGAGCACUUUACUAUGCUUUCUGCAGACGUCUCUCAAACACAGACUUUGUUCCCUGCCAACCACAAGAUGUUUUGUGUGGGAAGCUCUUCUGCCAGGGCGGCAAUGACAGCCCAAUCUACGGCCAAAUGGUCAGAAUAGGUACCUGCAAGGCGGCGUUCUUUAGCGACUACACCAAAGACUACGGGCAGGUGGAUGAAGGCACCGUGUGUGGAGAGGGAAAGGUGUGCAGCCAGAACCAGUGCAUGGAUCUGGAGAGUGCAUUCAGAAACACAAACUGCUCGGCGAAAUGCCCCGGCAACGCUGUGUGCAAUCACAGGAGUGAGUGUCAGUGUCUUCCCGGCUGGUUGCCUCCUAACUGCGAUGGAAAGGAUGAUGUUUUCAGUUCUCUGUCCACCGGGGCAAAAAUCGCCAUCUCCCUGGCUGUCAUUCUGGUGGUCCUCGGCUUGGUUUUGGGGGUUGUGGGGUUCAUGUGUAAGACGAAACGCCGCCCAACCCUGCCAGCUUCACAGACGCAGAGAAAAGCCCCGGCAGUAAGCAGCUCUGCGCCUCACGUCACCCAGGAAUAUACCAUCAGUCAGCCCAGGCCACUCAGACAGGCACCGAAGCCCAAAGGAGCUCCGCCUCCUCCACCUCCAGCAGGGAACCGACCCAAACCACCGGGUCAGAACUACAUCGCUGCACGGCAGGCUCUGAGACCUGUACCUCCCCCAGAGGUCUGAUGUGCAGCCUGGUGCCAAGUGUUAGUGCAGCAGGGAAGACCUUCCCUCUGGUCUUCAACUAGAGGCAGCUGGCAGGCCACAGAGACAGAGCCCUGUUUUCAUUAACCACAACAGGAAGUACACUUGAACCCCAACAGGAAGUACAAUCUGAAUUUGUGUGGCACCCUCCUAUGGAUUUCACAGGGAUUCACUUCUGUUUUCUUAUGGCACAUUUUUGUACUGUACAUUAAACUGGCCCUGACUGUAGUUAAUGUAUAUUAUUUUAUAACAUUGGAUGAGACAGAGCUGCUUUUAGCUGCAGUGUCUGUUUCUCUGUGACUCCCGUGGAAACGGCCCGUUUGAAAGUGAUGCGUUGGACUGCAGUUACUGCAUGUUUGCUUUUCAUGUUCCGUAUCAAGCCAUGUCUUUGUUCAUAAGAAACUGUGAAAUAUGCGUUUAUAUUUAUAUUUUAUUUACAUUGUUAAUGUAAUGUGCAAGCAGCGUCGUCGUAAAAAAGUUUCUUAGCUCGUGUUUACAUCAGAGUUGACAAAUCAUCAAAUGUCUGCUGGUGGUGUAACUUCAUUUCCAGAAUAAAUCAGAACGUUGGCAGACUGAGCUCGGAAUACUUAAUGAAAGUUGUACAUUUGUAAUUAUUUGACUUUUGUUUCAUAAUCAAACUGUGUUAAAAUAGCAAGAAUGAUGACACAAGCAGCAUUUCAUGCAACUGUAAAUGUUUAAACUCAACAAAUGUAAUGGAAAA